UAUUUUCUCUAAUUAUUGUACCGCUCCGUAGCUCAUUCGAAACAGGCACAAAAGCGCCUCCUCUUCCUUUUUCCUGCCUAGGGUUUCCACAUUCCGCUCGUCAUGCGCGCCCCGACGACUAAUCUCGCGGCAAUUGCUCGCCCCGCAUCAGCGAUCUCUUAGGGUUUCCUCCCAUUACGAUUUCCCAUUAGAUCCAUGGAGUUCACGGAUCCGUAUAAGCAAUCGGGUCCCUGCUGUUUCUCGCCCAACUCCCGGUUCCUUGCCGUCGCUGUGGAUUAUCGCCUCGUUAUCCGUGAAGUCGUCUCCCUCAAGGUCAUUCAACUAUUUUCAUGUGUGGACAAGAUAAGAUAUAUUGAAUGGGCCUUGGAUUCUGAAUACAUACUUUGCGGUCUUCACAAGAAACCGGUAGUACAGGCAUGGUCACUAACCCAACCAGAAUGGACAUGCAGAAUAGACGAAGGCCCUGCUGGAGUUUUAUAUGCAAGGUGGAGCCCUGACAGUCGUCACAUACUGACUACAUCAGAGUUUCAGCUGAGAUUGACUGUUUGGUCACUGCUAAACACUGCCUGUGUUCAUGUGCAGUGGCCAAAACUUGCUUCAAGAGGUGUUUCUUUCACUAAAGAUGGCAAGUUUGCUGCAGUAUGCACAAGGCGUGAUUGUAAAGACUUUAUAAAUUUGCUUUCCUGUCAGACAUGGGAAAUUAUGGGCGCCUAUGCUGUUGACACAAUAGAUUUAUCAGGCGCUGAGUGGUCUCCGGAUGAUAGUACCAUCGUGAUCUGGGACUCUCUUCUCGAAUACAAGGUUCUGAUUUAUUCUCCAGAUGGUAGAUGCUUAUUCAAGUAUCAACCAUGUGAUAGUGGAUUAGGUGUAAAGACUGUUGCCUGGUCUCCAUGUGGCCAAUUCCUGGCUGUUGGUAGCUAUGAUCAGAUGCUACGGGCCCUCAACCACCUGACAUGGAAAACUUUUGCUGAAUUCUCACAUGUAACUACCAUUCGCAGUCCGUGUAAUGCAGUUCUCUUCAAGGAAGUUGAUGAACCUUUGCAACUUGAUAUGACUGAACUAUAUCUAAGCGACAACUUCCCACAUGGAAUACAAGGUACCUGUGCUGAAAAUGCUGCUGAAGGCAACUUGAGAGUCAAGUACAAAGUUAUAGAUUGUCCAUUCAGUGUACCGUUCCAAAAGCCAGCAGCAGAUAAACCUAAUCCAAAGCAAGGAAUUGGUUUACUAGCAUGGAGCAAUGACAGUCAAUACGUUUGCACUCGCAAUGAUAAUAUGCCAACUGUUCUGUGGAUAUGGGAUAUUCGACGCCUUGAGUUGGUCUCAGUAUUGGUGCAGAAAGAUCCAAUUCGGGCGGUAGCCUGGGAUCCUACUUGCCCUCGGCUUGUCCUGUGUACUGGGACCCCUCAGUUAUACAUGUGGACAUCCACUGGAGCUUGCUGUGUCAAUAUUCCAUUGCCAGACUUUGUUGUAUGCGAUAUCAAAUGGAACUCAGACGGAAGUUGCCUUCUCUUGAAGGACAGAGAAUGGUUCUGCUGCUCUGCAGUUGUUUCUGUGCUGCCGCACUCCAGUGAAGAUAGUUCCGAGGGUGAAGAUGAUGACGCCUAUUAGAUACUAUGAUUAUUGUGUCAAUCGGAUUUGCCAUGAUGAGCCUAAUAUUUUACAAACGUAGAUUUGUUAUUUUAAUCGCCGAAUGAAAUUGAUACUUAUUAA